CAAAGAGAAUUCAACUUUCCCAGGUAAAAAUAUACAGUCAAUGUUUAAAAAAAUUACAUGUCACGUAAUUAAAUUCGUCAUUAAUUAAAAUUAAAAAAUUGUUUUAUAAUUAAAAAUAUGGCUGAAGAAAAGGGCGAAGGAGCUGAAGAUGUUGAUACCAUCGGGAUUUAUGUAGGCGGUAGGAAUGCUGACGGCGAACGACACGGAGAAGGAUGGGCAGUACUACCAAAUGGGGACUUCUAUCAAGGCUGUUAUAAUCGCGGCAUGAGAAAUGGAAAAGGACUUUAUGUCUUUAAAAAUGGAGCUCGAUACGAAGGCGAAUGGCGGCAAGCAAUGAAAUAUGGAGUCGGGACAAUGACAUAUCCUGACGGUUCGCGAUACGAAGGUGACUGGAGGCAUGAUUUAAAGCAAGGAUUUGGGGUCUACUACUAUCCAAAUGGUGAUAUUUACGAGGGAGCAUGGUUUAAAGGCAAAAGACAUGGUCUUGGAACUUAUUUUUUUGCAGAAUAUCAAGUCAAGUUUAUGGGAACGUGGGUUGAAGGUGUGAUCGAAGGUCCAGGGCAGAUUAUUUACCCUCGAGUGCGAUACCAUGGUUCAUGGUUAAAAGGGAAGCCAAAAGGUCCUGGUUGUUUCGUGUUUGAUACCAAUUGUAUGCAGCACGGCUUUUACUUGCUAACAAAAGAUCCGGCAUUUGAAGAAUUUGGUGAAGGUGAAGAAGAUAAAGAGGAAAAGGAGGCUGUGAAAGAUGAAAGAGGAGAAGAAGAAGAAGAAACAGAAAUUAACGAAACUUUAGGUAAAAUAGCUGUUUGGCGCGCUCGCAACAUAACAGCUUAUAUGGCAGAAUUUUUGCCUCCUGAACCCGUACCAUUGCCAGUACACAACUCACUACCAUCCCUAACUAAUGAGAGUAUCGAGACUGACAACAUGCAGUUCGAACCCCCAUCCAUUGUCCCUGAAGAAGAGGGUGCCGAUGACAAUGACUCCUGGCUAAUUCAUAGACAAAGAUUGGAAGAGACUCAGCAGAAGGAAUAG